UAUAGCACAAUCUGCGCAUGCGGAUAAGGCACAACUGACGAGUGGCGACGUGUGCUAGGUGCCUUUCUCGCUUCCCCGAUUUUGUAAACGGAUUAAGAAAUUUAAAAAAUGGCCAGAUACCUAAGGCCACCAAAUACAUCUCUCUUCAUCCGAAACAUUUCUGACGAAUCCAGGCCAGAGGAUUUGCGUCGUGAGUUUGGUCGGUAUGGGCCUAUUGUAGAUGUCUACAUUCCUGUUGACUUCAAUAAUCGUCGGCCAAGAGGAUUUGCAUACAUUCAGUUUGAAGACGUGCGUGAUGCCGAAGAUGCUCUGCACAACCUGGACCGCAAGUGGGUGGCUGGCCGCCAGAUUGAGAUCCAGUUUGCCCAAGGAGAUCGCAAGACUCCUGGCCAGAUGAAAACAAAGGAACGGCAUUCCCCGCGCAGCUUCUCGCGCUACGAUGACCACGAGCGUGAAGGUCGGCGCAGGCGCUCUCGCAGCCGCAGCCACGAGCGCAGCCACGAGCGCCGCCGGUCUCGCAGCCCCUCGUACGAGCGCAGCAGGCCCCGGCGCUCCGAGAGCCCUAGAGAGUCACGAUCGCACGGAAGACACAGCAGACGCAGCAGAAGCCGUGAGAAUGAUAGGUACAGGCCUCCUCAGCGGGAGCAUCACAGAGCUCACCGUGGCGGGGGUGGUGGUGCAGGUGGCAGUGGCGCCGGUGCCUCUCACAGCCACACGCCGUCCCAUUCCCCCUCCCCCAACAGGUUCAAAGCUAAGGGGCGCCGCACCCACUCGCCCUCCAAGUCCCCAAGCCCCGCCGUGGAGGACUUCCACCAUACUUCCGGCUCACGUGAGGCUCAGAAGGAGUCUCGCAUGCGCUCCCCAUCCCGCUCCUGCUCGCGCUCUCUGUCCCGCUCCAGAUCCCGCUCACGCUCCUGGGCUGGCCGCAAAUCCGGGGGGCACUAAGGCACCCCAGCAUGCCCCCCCACCCCACCAGGGACACCUCCAUUUUACCAUUUUCUUACAGACAUCACUAACUACAUAAUAUUCAGAUUUUGAAUGGAGUGACGCUAGGCCCUCUCCAUCUUUAGUUGAUGAGACAAGAUCAUGAGGUUUAUUUCUGAAGAGAAAACUGGUUUAAAGUUGCAAAAAGAGACAUUAUUUUUGACACGUUCUGAAAUUGUAGUGUCCUGACUUUUUUUUUUCUUCAAGAUUUUAAUUGCCUCUGUGCUUAGUCAGAGACUGUACAAUUUGGUACAGCAAAGAAAUUUGAAAAAUUCUUUCAAGCUAAAUAAUCUGUUUUUCUUCCAGGUCUAGAUAAAACGUUAACUUAAAGUCUGGGUCAGCCUUUUGUACUAUAAAUGGGAACUCGGUUUGUGCCGAAGCCAGUCAUGUAUGGUGUGACAAAUUUGGUGGUUUAAUUCUUUGUAAGGUUUUGUAAGGUACAUAGUCCUACGCAUCAUUACUUCCUCAUUUUGCAAUACAUGUGACGUAUGACCCAUUAUAAAAAAAACAAGUUUUCUUCCUGAUGUCGUUCUGUUUUUUUGCUUUGUUAUGCCUACAUAAACCACCAGGAAUGAUAUUUUUUGGAAAGUUGUACUAGAGUGAAGUUUGUUCCAUCUGUUUCUUACUUUGUUUCAUAUGUCAAUAAAGAGCUUUUUUUUCUA